AUGGCUGCGAUGCUAGAAUACCGAACGCAAGGGUAUAAUCCCUAUGCCGUCAAGUACUCCCCAUACUACGACUCGCGAAUCGCCGUUGCGGCGUCGGCCAAUUUUGGCAUUGUAGGCAAUGGUCGUGUAUUUGCUCUGGCAUUGACGGCGCAAGGCGUUGAAGUUGAGAAGACGUUCGAUACAAACGAUGCGCUUUACGACUUGGCCUGGUCCGAGAUCAACGAGAACCAGCUGAUUGUCGCUUGCGGUGAUGGGUCUCUGAAGCUCUUCGACUUGGGCGUGAAUGAUUUUCCAGUUAUGAACUUUCAUGAACAUAAGAGAGAAACAUUCUCAGUCUGCUGGAACCCUACAACUAAAGAUACCUUUAUUUCCAGUUCCUGGGACGGUACAGUCAAGAUCUGGUCGCCAACGCGCAACCACUCAAUAAAAACGCUUCCUGUCGGUACUUGUACUUACAGCACAUCCUUCUGCCCUUCCAAUCCCGCCUUGAUAUCCGCUGUGUCCUCCGACUCUCACCUACGCAUCUUCGAUCUCCGAACACCUUCAUCAGCAAAGUAUCACCUCACAGCGACAAUACCCGUCCAUGCUUCAGGGCCGCAGCUGUCGCCUGGAGCUUCUGCGCCAGCCGAGAUCCUGACUCAUGAUUGGAACAAGUACAGGGAUACGGUCAUAGCUACGGGUGGCGUAGACAGAAUUCUACGGACCUUUGACAUAAGGAACCCAACUGGCGGACCGCUUUCUGUCAUGCAGGGCCACGAAUAUGCUGUUCGGCGACUUGCGUGGAGCCCCCAUUCGAGCGACACCCUCAUCAGUGCUAGUUACGACAUGACGGUGCGUUUGUGGAAUGACGGGUCGAUGCAGCAGCAACAACCGCAGGGUCCGGUGAUGGCUCCAUCAAUAGGUACUCAGAUGGGUGUAAUGAAUCGACAUACCGAAUUUGUUACAGGAGUCGAUUGGUGUCUGUUUGGCAUGGGUGGAUGGGUGGCUACUGUUGGCUGGGAUGAGAGAGUGUUGUUGUGGGAUGCCAACAUGCUAAUGGGCCAGCGAAUACAAUAA